GGAGAACACCCAGCACAGCCGGAGGAGACGCCCUCCGCGGGGGCCCGUCCCCGCCCGCCGCGGCAGCCAGCGCCGCCCGCCACGAGCAGAGCCGUGGCGGAGCGCGGCCGGAGGCGGCCCAGGACCAUGCUGUCGGGGCUGGGCCGGGCAGUGCGGAGCGGCUGGCACCGAGGCGGGCGGCAGCUCCCGGGGCUGCUGUGCGGCCGGGCACCGCGGGGCAGGCGCGGUGGGAGCCCCCUGCCCUCAGCGCCUCAGGUGCGGCUGUGGAAGCACACCGGAGCAUGGAGGGAGCAGGUGGGAGCACCUAACAGAACACUGGUGCCAUCUGAUGAAGUAACUAUUGAUUACAGGCAUGGUCUUCCUAUGAUAACUCUUACGCUGCCCACAAGAAGUGAACGCUGUCAGUUCACUAUUAAACCAAUGGUGACCACCGUAGAGGCAUUCCUGCAGGAUGUGCAGAGAGAAGAUAAAGGAGUUGAGAGAGCGGAAGUCUUUGCAACAGAUGGCUGCAAGGUCUGUGGUGCAACCUCAAUGGAGGUCUUACUGAGGAACGACUUCACGCUUGUUAUCAACAACAUAGCAUAUUGUGUGUCACCUCCUCUAAAAGAUAAGCUGAGUAGUGAGCAUGCUACUGAAAUGGAAGAUAUAAAAUCCUUGGUUCACAGACUGUAUGUGGCUCUACAUUUAGAAGAUCACCAGGUCAGGAAAGAGAGGGAAUUGCUGUGGAAACUGGACCAUCUGAAAGAAGAGCUGUUGCCUCUUGAACAGAUGAAAGCCAGAAUUGCAGUCAAUGCAAAUGCAAAGACCACCAGGCUUCUAUGGGUCGGCCUGGCUCUGAUGUCUACCCAAGGGGGAGCACUGGCAUGGCUCACAUGGUGGGUCUAUUCAUGGGACAUCAUGGAGCCAGUCACAUACUUCAUCACUUAUGGGAGUGCCAUGGCUUUCUAUGCCUACUUUAUUCUUACUAAACAGGACUACAUUUACUCUGAUGCAAGAGACAGGCAGUUCCUCCACUACUUCUAUCGGAAAUGCAAAAAGCAGCAUUUUAACGUGGAACGAUACAACCAGCUCAAAGAAAACAUAGCAGAGGCAGAAGAAUCGCUCAGGCGCCUGCGCCAGGCUCUGCAACUGAGGCUCCCAGUCCAGGAAAUCAAGGAUAAGGACUGACUUCGGUUUUGUAUAUAUUAGAAUUGCUCUUUCAAAGCUGAUAUAAACACUUAGUUGCUCUAUAGAAACUGGACAUUUUUGACCACUACAGUUUUGAAAGUUGCAAUAAAUAUGUAUAAAAAUUA